AGGGCGCAUGCUGCCGGCCACCUCGACGAGGGUAGGCCGGCCCGCUAGUCGCACCGAUGAGCUCGUGCUGCGGCGGUAGCCCGGCGGAUUGGCGGCCGGUGGUGAGCGCGUGCGGAGGUAGAGGCAACAAGCGCGACGACAAGCGCAACCUCGUCGUGGUCGUCGUCGACGGGGCCGAGGGGCAGCACCGGGCCGCCGCCGUGCAGGCAGCGAUGCCGAGGGGUCUGGUGCCCGCUAAACGGGCCCUGCAAGCUGUCGCCCUCAUAUUGGCGACCGCAUACGCGACUGUCCUGCUCUACCAGGCCGUUGCACCCAGACAGUGGGCGGACGAGGCGAGCAGCGAUGAGUUGGUCGGCGACGCGUCCGUGGAGGUGAUACCGAUACUGCCCCGAUUCGCGAGGAUCGGCGUGAGAUCGGUUGCCGCGGGCAGCGGCACCGGUGAACUGGCGCUAGCGACGCCACCUCUAGCAACCGCGGCCCCCUUUUCCACGGACCUCGCCGAUCUGUUCAUCAGCGUCAAGACCACCAGGCACUACCACCACUCGCGGCUGCCCGCCAUCAUCGACACCUGGUUUCAGUUCGCCAAGGAUCAGACGUGGUUCUUCACCGACAAGGACGAUACGUACUUCCAGAAUCAAACGAAUGGCCACAUGAUCAACACAAAGUGCUCGUCGUCGCACAAUCGGCGAGCCCUGUGCUGCAAAAUGUCCGUCGAGUUCGACAGGUUUCUCGAGAGCGUCGCCAAGUGGUUCUGUCACUUUGACGACGACAAUUACGUGAACGUCGCGCGGCUGCUGAAGCUGCUCGACAACUACAAUCCUCGGGAGGACUGGUACCUCGGCAGGCCAUCGAUACAGACUCCGCUCGAGAUCAAUCGCCAGGGCGCCGACUCGACCAAGCGAUCGCAGCAGAAGGUCCGAUUCUGGUUCGCCACGGGUGGCGCCGGUUUCUGCAUCAGCAGGGCGCUCGCCCUAAAAAUGAUACCAGUGGCCGGUGGCGGCAAAUUCAUCACCGUUGGCGACAGAAUCCGACUGCCGGACGACGUGACCAUGGGAUACAUAAUCGAGCACUUGCUGAAGAAACAGCUCACCGUCGUUGAGCAGUUUCAUUCGCAUCUCGAGAUUCUCAAGUUCCUCAACAAAGACACCCUUCACGAGCAGGUGUCGUUUAGCUACUCCAAGGGACCAAGGGACGACUGGAACGUCGUCAAGGUAGACGGAUUCAGUGUGAGGGACGAUCCGAAAAGGUUCAAAUCGUUGCACUGCCAUUUGUUUCCUCAAGUGCCGUACUGCCCGCACAGAUGAUGAUCGAUUCCGUUGGACGAUGAUUUUUAAAGACGACGCUAUUAUCUUUUUUCCCUCUUUUAGAUGAAUCAAAUAUUAUUCAAGGCACGCCAAGAUAGUUGAUGGCGAUGUAUUUUUUUGUACAUAAAAAUGUCAGGUGUCCAUUUUCUGAUUAAUUUACAAGGAAACAGUGAAGAAUUACAUCAAAAUUUUAAUUAUAUCCACCGUCUGUAAAUUUUAUAGCACUUUUAAUGUUUACAUUGUUAAAUACUGACACUUAUUUGAUUCAUGCUAAAAGUGUUUUUAUAAAAUUGACACUUAUGAAGCUCUUCGUCUCAUAAGAAUUGUAUGAUAAAGAUAUUGUUUGUUACAAUUUUUUUACGUUAGCUGUAAAUAGUAAAUUAAUAUUGUACAGUUAAUUUUACAAGUUAUGUAUCAGAAAAAAAAAUGUCAUGAUGGUACAAUGGAUGUUUCCGUGAGGUUUCUUGAUUAUAAAUAUUUGUACUCUCUCUCUUUCAUCACUUUAAUGACUGCCUAAACAUGUAAAAUACAAAUCAAACAAAAUCACAAUUUUUUCAACGUGUAAAUACAAAUUGAUGUAUAAAUAUUUUAUAUGUGCAUUGACCGACAAAAACAUGCGUGCAACAAUUGUAGAAAUAUCAAAAUUCCAGCGCGUCGCCACGUACAUAAGCGUCGUGGACUUCCGGUUCAAAGCCAGAGUGUGAUACAUAUCAAGCUUACGUGUAAUCAAGCGUGCAUAUGCCUUUGGAAAAGGUGUUGUUACGUCUAUGCAUAUCUAUACUACAUUAAGAAAAUUUUCACUCAAAAUUUUAUUUCGAAUUUUUCGCGUCAAAAUUUAUUUCGUUGAUUAAUUUUGUGCAUAUAUACUUUUUGUGCUUUAACGUCUAAAGAAAAAAAAAAGUCAAUUAUCAUAUGUUUAUUCGGAGAUGAUUCGCGAGAACGUUAUAAGUCUAAGCUAGUCCUUUCCGUAUAAGUAAAGCAGACGAGCUGUACACAAAAUGUGAUACAUUAAAUUUUACGAGUGUACACAAGAUGGAUCAUUAUUAUAAUGUUUUAUUAUCGUACGAUCAUCAACAAUAUUAUUAUUUUUAUUUUUUACUAAUAUUAUUUUUUGUUACCUUUUUUUAUGUUUAUUUUUACGGGGGAUCAUAAAUCUGUAUAAAAAAACCUGCAUAUUUUUUUUCCUCUCACGUAAAGGAAAAAAAAAAAAAAAAAAUGGGCAAAUUGAGAAUUCGUUGCGCAGCGAUGCAAUAAAAAUAAUAAAAACUGCGUAUAUGUCAGUGUAUGUGCUUACGGUGCGAGUGUGCGUUAUCGAGUGCAAUAGGUUGUCGUAAAAGUCACUUGCAUCGAUUUCCGAUUUUGAGAGUAUAAUUGUAUUUGAUUCCAAUGUUUGAAAAAGCGAUGCAGCCGAGCUAAAAAAAAAAAAUAAGGCACCUGCUCCUCGACCCUGCGACAUCGUGAUGCACGGGUCGACCGAGUUACUGCUACGCUUGCCUUUGAAAUUGUAUUUUAUGUUAUUUUAUUUUUCCUUACAUAUGUAUAAAAAUAAAC